AUGUCUCGUGAUUCUGUUCCUCGCUAUCCAAAUAAUAACGGAAAGCAAUCAUCAAAACAGAGCCAAGGCGUCGGCAAUUCGUUGACAAUGCCCGAUGGAAGUGUUGAACAUUUAUCAAAAAAUCAAAUAUCUCCAAAAAAUUAUGCGGUGCCCACACAACGCCCAUGGCGAUAUACAACUAUCAAUAAUGUCAAAGUCGUUUACAAUAUACAAGAUGCAAAAAGCUAUAUUCAAAAGAUGGCUGAUAACUUAGAGAUUAAUCAGCAUAGUGGUAGCUCUGAAUUUAUUCAAUCCAUGUUGCAAACCGUGCAAUCUAUCUCUAAGCCAUCAGAUGGGCCUUUUGAACACAUUUUUGAUGGUGCUCAUGAAAAAUGUUAUAUACUUGUGUUGAUUCAAACCAAAGUAGAUCGUAUCGAAAUUGGAUAUUCUUAUCAUUCGAUAACAGAUGUGGCCUCCAACGAUAGUGCAAGUGGGGAUGUAGUCAUGCCUAGUGCAAAUACAUUUGAUUGGUUUAAGGCAAAAGCACGUGAAAGUUUAAGAAUACCGGCAGGAGUUGUUAGUCAUAUGAUCAAUAACAAAUCCACAAUGACUCGAUUUCAGAAUCAACAAUUAUCAACAUCACAAGAACAAAAACCAAUUGUAAAAUUCAUUCAUAAUAAUCAAGAAUAUCAUUCUACAGGUACGCCUGUACAUCCACACUCCGAUAAUCUUGACAGCAUGAUGGAUUAG